AUGGGUGGUCCUGGUGUAAUUGAUGGCAAAGAACAUCCAGAAACAGAUAAUUUUCUACCAUGUAAAUUUGUUAUUGGUGGAAUAACAUAUUCAUCAGCCGAAAAUUAUUUUCAAUGUGCUAAAACAACAAACGAACAAGAUCGAGAAAAGAUUUUAAAUUCAGGACCAGGUGAUUCAUGUCUAUUAGCUGGACAAACAGUUCAACUUCGAUCAGAUUGGGAAUCGAUUA